GGAAACUGUAACACACUGUUGAACCUUCUCUGUAUCAUGGGCCUAACUCAACAAAUCUGUUGAGAAGUUGAAGACCUAAGACCUACUUGCAAUUCACAGUUGUGCGCUAUUUUACAGUGGAGAUUAUGAAUGUUUGUUAAACUGAUAAAUAAACUCAUAUAUACAUGAUAUAUACAUAUGUAGGAAAUGACUUUUGGGUGUUGUGAUGGUCACAGCUAUGUCAUUGUCCACCUGCUCCUGUGCUCCUCCUCCUCAUCCAGGCAGAUUGCUGCUGUCAGAGGAUUAACGCCGGCUGUAACUUCCUCUUCCCAGCAGGCUGCUUUUCUCUGACCCACUUUGUGUUCGAGCAGCUCUUUGGAGGACCAUGGGCUUGCUGGACAUUUUUUCUUCCAUCAAAGAACGUGCCGAAAAGUUUCUCAAUGAGAAAAACGUGGUGACCGAUUUUCUUGGAAAGGUGGAGGAAAAGACAGGGAUCAAGAAGAAGGUCAUUGCUGCGGGUGCUGUCUCACUGACCGGACUCUAUCUUGUGUAUGGUUAUGGCGCCUCACUUCUCUGCAAUCUGAUCGGCUUCGUAUAUCCUGCUUAUUAUUCAAUCAAAGCCAUUGAAAGUCCAUGCAAAGACGAUGACACGAAAUGGCUGACGUACUGGGUGGUGUACGGAGUCUUCAGCCUGGGCGAGUUCUUCUCUGAUAUUUUUCUCUACUGGUUUCCGUUUUACUAUGCUUUUAAGUGUCUCUUCCUGUUGUGGUGCAUGGCUCCUAUGUCAUGGAAUGGAUCUCAGAUUAUUUACAACAAGGUAGUCCGUCCCAUCUUCCUUCGUCACGAAGCCACAGUGGACAACAUGGUCAGUAAUCUCAGCGGGAAGGCCAUGAGUGCGGCUGAAAACCUCACCAGGGAAGUUUUGACUACUUUGGUGAAAAAUAAGACCUUGGUGACGCCGAUGCCCCCGGUGGCUCAGUCGGACACCAAAAGUUUACCAAGUUCAUCAGCAGAACCGUCAGGGGCUAAAGUGGCGCCAUUGCAACCGAGGGAGGAAGAAAAAACAUUAUCUGGUCCGUCGGGGAGCCGCAGCGGAAGAUGAAAGAGCUUAAAGGAGGAAAAAGAGGGAAAAGUGAAGAUCGUCUUCUUCAUUCUGACAGAUAUCAACAGAAAAUGCUUUUUCUGUCUUGGAGACUGGCUGAUUGUGUAUCAAGUAUUAUACAGAAAUUGAGAGUCAGGUCUGUUGUUUCUAUCUUUUUUUAUUUUAAAUCUAUUUAUUUAUUAGAGUUAUUUGUAUUUGAAGCUCCUGAAACUUGUCAGAACACCGUCUACCUUAAGGGUGUAGUGAAUCUCUGUCAUUAUGUUUUUACUUGUUCCAUCUCAUCAAAAACACUGAUUAAAACAAAACUAUGUGUUCUAUUUGUUAUCUUUGUUUCUGCUUUCAGGUUGUUUUUGUUUUUUUUAUAACUGAACAAUUUUUUUGAAAAUGCUGUUUAUUCAAUGGAGGAAUCAGACAGAAUAUGACAAACUUUUGAGGUGGCUCUGAUCUUCUUGUACUCUUGGUCAUGAAACUCAAGCAGAAGGUUAUGCAUGUAGUUAUUAGUGCUUCAAAAAGUCUGGUACAAAUCCCAGCAAAUCCCUGUUUUUUGGGUGUGGAUCUGCAGUUUUUCUCUGGGUUUAGGAGUGAGUGUGUCUGCCUCGGUCUCUCUAAAACAGAGGUCAGCAACCUGCGGCUCCAGAGCCACAAGUGGCUCUUUUAUCUCUCUAUGGUGGCUCUCUGGUUGAAGAAAAACAAAAUAAUAGUAAUUUAAAAAAAAAAAAA